UGAACCUCCUCUGUGCUUAGCGUCAUCGCCUUGCGUUACGCUCUAUUCGGCCUUUUCAUACUCCCGGGCUAAGAUCGUUAAACCUCCAUUUUAUUUGACUGCAGACAGACACACAUCUGAAAGACAAACAACAGCUUAGAUCGCGUGAAGUUAUACUGCUCUAAAGCCGGGAGUAUGGGAAGCCUUUCUUUUCCCCUCAAAGUGUAACUCGGGGAUCAACUCUACCGCGAUCCGAUACAACAAUCAUACCUCUUGCUAUCAUCUAUUUUACUAGUACAAACUGCAAUCAUGUCUAAAACUUUCGAAGCUGACGAGGUCAAACAACACAAGAGCGAGGAAUCCGCUUGGGUCGUCGUUGAUGGUGGCGUAUACGACGUAACGGAAUUCUUGGAAGACCACCCCGGAGGCAAAAAGAUUCUUUUGAAGAACUGUGGAAAGGACGCAUCUGAGGCUUUCUGGACAUACCACAGCGAGAAGGUUCUGCAAAAGACUGCUGCCGAAUACAAAAUUGGUGAAGUCAAACCUGGCUCAAAGCUUUAAAGGUGUUACGCUUCAUUGCCAUUCAACACUUUCUUGUUUACGUGUCAUUUUUAUGUAUAUGAUCUUGCUGACUUAAUGCAUGUAUCAACAUCAAAAUCAACGCCUUCGCCAUUCGUCAGACGUAGGCUAGACAGCUAGAAUUUUCUCUUUCUUCGGUAAAAGAAUGAGCACGACAGCGAAAAGAAUAUACCAUCAAAACACUCGAAUAGACCCCUUCAUGUUGUAGCCUCGAGCUUAUAAAGCUGCACAGUAUUGUCACAUUCCGUUCAUUGGUGCUCUUGUUAUAGAAAAAAAUCAAGA